CUUCCCUCCCUCAGCAGUAGUGACUGACUGACUGACUGACUGACAGCCACGCGUUCACAUCCCGACACAACCCAAUCGCCCGCUGUUAGGGUUUUAUUUUUUUUUGUUGUGGGGGGGGGGAGAGAUUCGCAAUCGAUUCUCUUUUUUUUUUUACUUUUGCUCUUGAAGCAAAUCAGGACCUGCAUUGAAUCCGGAUUUAAACCGAAUUGCGAAAUCGUUGACUCUCUUCACCUCCAAACUCCUCCUCCUCCUCCUCCUCAUCAUCAUCCACCCACCCCCCCACCUCUUUGAAUAAAAGAAACGUUUUGGAUAUCAGGCAGAACUUUUUAAGUGUUUGCAGACUGCUUUCGGGAGCCCUUUUCAGAUCGGGGAGGGGAGCGGAGCGGGUGUGGAAGAGACUGCUUUGUGGACAAAGAAGACCUACUGCUGCCAGUCACGUUAACGGAUAAGGGGGGGGGGGAAGUUACUGCCUUUUCCAGUUUGCCAUUCAAGCAAGAGUGCUCUCCCUGUAUCGUCUCUCUCGCCGAAGAUCACUUUCCAGAAGUUACUACUUCAGAUUAAUUCAUCGGGACACAAUUUUGUUUUGCAAUUUUUUUUAAAAAAAAAAGAGAGAGAAAAUUCCGGUCGACGGCAGUGCACCUGGUGGAUUUCAUCGAGGUUUUAUAGUGUGGUCUGGUUUUUGUUUUGUUUUUUAAAAAAAAAUACACGAAAGAAUACGUAUUUGAGGAAUCUACACCGUGACUAAAUCGUGAUUGCACUUUGAAAUACAGGACUGAUUAAGUGAAAAGGUGCCCAAACUUAUUACAGCCAAUUAAAAUAUACUCAAAAUAGUUCACGUGGAUUCUGUUUUUUAAGUCCGAAAUUCAAAUAAGCUGCAGACGAAUACUGAGGUUGCAAAUAUUGAGUUGUUGCACAAUAUACCAUCAUAUUUGGCAUCUCCAGGUCUGUGUUUUUAAUCUUCCUUGAUGCAAACACUGGGACGCCAUCUGGAAUAAGUUAAAGGACGGAAAUAACUGUCGAAUAUGUUGUGGAAAUUUAGCAGUUUGGGAUGAUGAAAAUCGAUGCUUAAAACAUUUUCUAGCAGUUCAAUUUUAAUAGAAAGUAUACAGCUUUCUCUCUGUAGUCAUUUUUAUAAAGACAUGGCUGAAGAAGAGCCAAAAGUCGAGAUAGACCCAGACUUUGAGCCGAAGAGUCGCCCCAGAUCUUGUACUUGGCCUUUGCCAAGGCCGGAUUUGACAGUUGUCAAACCGGAGGAGUCGGCCUCGGGAACACCGACGGAAGAAGAAAAAACUGACAAUGCAGAUCCAAACGCUGUGAAAUCGGAGAGCGAAGCUGGUCCCAAUGCCGACAUCUGUUCCCAAACUGGUGCGGCGGGAGCUCAGAGGAAAGGUACCUCCAGGAGAAAUGCGUGGGGUCAUCAGUCGUAUGCAGACCUAAUCACCAAAGCAAUCGAGAGCUCUCCUGACAAGAGACUGACUCUGUCACAGAUCUACGAGUGGAUGGUCAAAUCUGUGCCCUACUUCAGAGACAAAGGAGACAGCAACAGUUCAGCUGGAUGGAAGAAUUCCAUCCGACACAACCUCUCCCUACACAGCAAAUUCAUCCGGGUCCACAAUGAAGCGACCGGGAAGAGCUCUUGGUGGAUGCUCAACCCUGAAGGUGGGAAAAGUGGGAAGUCUCCCAGGAGGAGAGCAGCAUCGAUGGAUAACAACAGCAAACUGAUAAAGAGCAAGGGGAGAGCUGCGAGGAAGAAGGCUGCACUUCAGGCAGCCCAGGAGGGCAGCGCCGACAGUCCUGGAUCCCAGAUAUCCAAAUGGCCUGGAAGCCCUUCCUCUCGGAAUAAUGAGGAUUCAGAUGCCUGGACCAGUUUUAGGCCAAGAACAAGCUCGAAUGCCAGUACCUUAAGUACUGGGCGUCUGUCUCCGAUAUUGCCAGAGCAGGGUGACUUGGAAGAUGAAGAUCUUUGCUCUUCACUCAUCUACCCCAGCUCCUCAAGCAAAUUGCCACCUACCCUAGUGGAAGAACUUGAACUUAUUGAUAGCUUGAACCUCAUGUCCCCGUCAUCCUCGGUGCCAUCUCAGCAGUCACUGUCCACUGGCUUGAUGCAACAGGAUUCCACAUAUGUCUUCAGGCAACAGAGUACAGCCUCAGGCUCACAGAGCUCCUCGUACGGAAGCUCCUUCUUCGAUUCGUCUGACCUGCCGCCUGUGCAAAGCCAUUUCAGUGGCCCCGCAACGCUUGAAGCUCUCCUGACCUCUGACUCCCCCACUCACAGCGACGUGAUGAUGAGCCAGAUUGACCCCGUCAUGCCACAGACAGGUGGGCGGCUCAACAGCGAGAGCCUAUUGCUGCUGGGGGAGUCCACCUUCAGUCCUCCGUCUGAGCAAUCCAAGCUGAACCAAGACGCUCACCAGGGGAAGUCUCCAGGUCCAUCGGCAGUGUCCGUUAACACCAACACUUUACCUCACACCCUGGGUAUGCUGGGACCUCAGCCCAAUGCCAACCAAAUGCCUAUGUUGAAGGCACAGCUGCAGACACCGCUGAGCCAGUCCCUGCCGCUUGGCCUGCAGUCCAGCCAGAGCUCCAACAGCAGCAGCAGCAUCUCCUCAGGAGGCCUGAAUGUCAACGUUGAGAACUUUCCUCGAGAUUUGGACUUAGAUAUGUUCAUGGAGAGCCUGGACUGCGACAUGGACUAUAUAAUAGACCAUGACCUCAUGGAUGAUGAGGGGCUGGAUUUCAACUUUGAUCCUGUCACCACCAGCCCGCCCUACUCCAAAACAACCACACAGUCGUCCACUCACAGCUGGGUGCCGAGCUAACUCCAAACGGACUCUCUACCUGUAAGUGGUUUCUUGUUUGCAAGUUGAUUUAGGCACCACUCCCCCUCACACGCUGAAUUUAACAUCUUGCUGAAGAGGCGACACUGGAGCAUGAGUAUUUGUUCCAUAAUAUUCUGCCUCGUGCAUUGCACAUGUCCGAGGGUGACUGUCCACUGUGCUCCCUCUGAUAUCCAGUGUACAUAGUCACAUAGUCCUUCAGUGAGGAUUCACAUUUUCCACGUGCCAACACUGCCCUGACUUCUUUUACACUCUCAGGGGAACUGGACUAAAGUGAUGAGGAUUAUAUAUAUAUAUUAUUUUUUGCUCACGGCUCUCAUCUGGCGAUCUGUCAUUUUGUAAAUACUAAGCUAUGUUAGCGCCCUGUACAGCGUGCUGACAUUUCAACAGGUGUGAUGUUUCUUUCAAGGUUUUUUUAAGGACAUAAAAUGAAGAUUUUUUUUUUAAUCCACUUUCAGUAAUAUGUAGCAAACAAUGCUCUCUCUCGCUUGGAUUUAUGUCACAAACACUACACUGAAGAAGGAUCAUUCACAGCUAACUACUAAGAGUUCAACUACAUCAUGCAAAGCCACGAGGUUGUGGGAGCGGAGCCCUAUUAGACAGGCUACAGAUUAAGGGAAGUAAAUGCAAAGCAUUUGUGAAAAGUUGGCUCCAUACCUUGCUUUUAAAUGGAAAGCAAUUGGGGCGGGGGGAUAAAGUGUGAGCGGAUAUCCAAUGAGACUUUUCUACUAGUUUAUUUGCCAACAACAACGGGUCCGGCCUGGACAUUCAGUUACAUAGUGACUGGACAGGUCUGCCCACCAAAUCCGUGGAAAUAACACAGCCCCAGCCUGUAAAGCAAUAUAACAACAACAACUUUCAUUUACAUAGCGCCCUUCAUGAGGGGUAGCGUCCUGGAGCACUUGAUAAUCUUGAAUAUAGGUGCAUAAUCGCAAGGAAGAAGAAUGCCCAAUUGAUAUUGCCUUCUCUCUCUUCCCCCCCAGCCCCCC